CACACACACACACAGAGAGAGAGAGAGGAGCUCCGGGCCGAGCUGUGUUAUGCCCCGACACCGAGCAGAUCAGCGCGAUUACCGGAUUAAAGCGGCGGUUUGUUGAGUCCCGGGUGAAGUUUGUCGGAGCGGAAGUGCAGUAUGAGUCUGAGUGAACACUCUCUACAGGCGCUCUCAUGGAGGAAACUCUACCUCAGCAGGGCCAAGCUGAAGGCCACCAGCAGGACCUCCGCUCUGCUCUCAGGGUUCGCCAUGGUGGCGAUGGUGGAGGUGCAGCUGGAGCGUGAUUACGGGUCCCCGCCCCUGCUCCUCAUCGCCUUCAGCGCCUGCACCACGGUUCUGGUGGCGGUCCACCUGUUCGCCCUGAUGAUCAGCACCUGCAUCCUGCCCAACAUCGAGGCCGUGAGUAACGUCCACAACCUCAACUCGGUCAAGGAGUCUCCUCACGAGCGCAUGCACCGGCACGUGGAGCUGGCCUGGGCCUUCUCCACCGUCAUCGGCACCUUCCUGUUCCUGGCCGAGGUCCUGCUGCUCUGCUGGGUCAAGUUCCUCCCGCAGAAAACGAAGCCGAGCCCCAGCACCUGCCCCCCGCCGGUGGUUAACACCACCGCGAGCCCCGGGAUCAGCGCCGGAGAGGCCGCCGCCUACGCCUCCACCUGCAUCAUCGUCCCCUGCGGCAUCGUCUUCAUCGUCUUCGCCGUGCACUUCUACCGCUCGCUCGUCAGCCACAAAACCGACCGGCAGUUCCAGGAACUCGAGGAGCUCUCCAACAUCACCCGUCUCCAGAACCAGCUCGACCACCGCGUGGAGUCGCCCAACAUGCAGAACGCCCCCGCGCUCUACCCCUGAGCCGCGCGCUAGCACGGCCAAGCAAGAUUCACCGUCAAGUUUUUGUAAAAGAUGCCAAGUUCAUACGCUAAACGAACCGACUCGCUUUCUCCUUCUUGGUUUUGACAUUUUAACGGUUUUCUUUCAGAAGUGGGCGGGGCUAUACAAAGUAGGAAUUAGUUUGCAGCUAGUUUUUUUUACAUCCUAGUAUAACAUUAUUGUAUGUAGUUGCAGUACAACAGAAACAUUCGCUGUGGAUUAUGGGUAGUUAGCUUUAGCUGUAAAUGCUAGCUAGUGUUGUUAUUUACGUGUACUUUUACAGCAUUAGACAGACGCCUGUUUCCAGAGCGACAGAGCCAAAUAUUGUUCUUAUACGAUCAGGUUCUCACUGAGAGGUUACAGUGUGUGUGUGUGUGUGUGUGUGUGUGUGUGUGUUCAGGAGGUCAGAGCUUUACUGACUAAAGUUAAAGUGUAAAUAUUUACACUGAUGUUAAUGAAACGCUUUAUUAUUGAUGCAACAAACGAGUUAUUAGUCCUGAACGAGCUUUAUUUCACCACCGCAUCCCGAGACCCAGCGUCCAAUCGCGCUAAUCAUUUAAAAACAUUUACGUCAAGUAGGUAACAAAAAGUAUUGUAAAGAGUCGCACUAAUUAGCCUAAACACACACUUUUGAACAUUUCUGCUGAUUAGUGGUCCAACAGGAUAUAAAAAAAUAAGUCUCGUUCUAGUCAGCUAACUCGUGCUAGCGCAGUCGGCCGCAGUAACACCUCAGGGUUUUUAUAAACACGUCCUUGCUUGUUUACGCUCAAUUGUUUUAAUUUUUGCUGCAAAUGGGUCACAUUUUUACCGCUAAAAAUUAAACUAACCUCAAAAAUUAGCAAAGUAUGCUAACGAGUUCAACCAGGUUAGCAUCAGGUAAAAGUAUGGAAGCGUUUUCUUAAAAAAAAUGAGUGCUGGAGUUGAAUACAUGCUAACUUACUGCCACGAUAACGAAAAAUAAAAUACAUUUGUAAAACAACAUUUUAUAAACACUGAACAUAAACACUCUUUCAAUAAAACUGUUAGUGUAGAUCAGCGUUCAGUCGCGUUCAUGACAAGCGUACGGUUUUAUAGUAAAUGAUUUAUAUAUUUUUAUGGACACACACACACACACACACACACCACUGUGGUGAAUAUUUUGCACAGACAGUUUUACAAGAAACGGUAAGAAUUAGAAUUAAAUAAUAUAAUAUGAAAAUGAUUUACUGCAGAUUUUUUAUUAAAUAAUAAACUAUAAAAAAUAUCUAUGAAAUAAAUGUCAUUAAUUAAAAAGAGACGAGCGUUUCUGUGGCUCUGACGUGUGAGAGUGAGAACUGUAAAGUCUCAAUUGUUUAAUCUUCAUCACUUAUAUUUUAUUUGUGUCCAUUACAAUGGAUGUGUGUGUGUGUGUGUGAGUGUGUGUGUAUGAAUUUUACAUUUUUCAGCCCGAGUUUGACACCUGAUUGCUGAAGGUACGAGUUUAAUGUACUUGUAUAGAUAAGAGAAUGGGCGGGGCUGAGUCUGGGGGGGAGGGGUCAACUUAAAUGUUUUAAAUGAUAAUAAUAAUUAUGCGCGCUCCGAUGCUGGAGAACCCCGACAGUGUUACCGGUUUUACAGCACAGUUUAGCACAACGACACGAUGAAAUAAUCUUCAUGAUAAAUAAAUAAAUAAACCUCACUAAUCAGACCUCACUCUUAUUAAAGUCUCCCGUGACCUUGUUUUAGCACCGUUCAACAUUUAAGUUAUAAGUUUUAUUGUGUUUUUAUUAAAUCCGAGCCGAGUCACUGCAGGCUUCAGGAGCGCAGAUUACCCAGAAGUCUUUGUGCUUUCAUGCUAUUAUAAUUUUUUAUCUUAUUUUUAGUUUUAGAAUUAGUUUAAAAAGAAUCACGCUCACUCUGUCGGCUCUGUUUAUUGAAUUUUUAAGUUCAAGUUGUAUUAAAAGUCUUUGAGAGAACACAGCGUGUGUGUGCGUGUGUGUGUGUGUGUGCGCUGUGAGGCCAGAUGUUUAACUUCACUCCCACUUCACAGACGAGGGGUUUCUGUCUUUACUCUGAACUAAAGUGUUUUAUUCACUCCGUCUCGCUGCUAGCAUGCUAAUGGCUAACGUUGGAGCGUCAGGUUAGGGUUUAAUGAGAGUAUUAACAGAAUGUGUGUUUAUGUUUACCACCGACUCUAAUAUCACUGACUUGUUAAAGAUGUUUUGUUUUCUUGCGCAAACCUUCCCAAAAACUGUGUAACUUACAGUUCAAAUCAUUUUUAAGAUUCAUUAAGAGCCUGUGUGUUAAACGCGAGGAACGUCUUUAUGGCCAUGAAUAAUUCUGAAAGCUCAGAUUAAAUGUGUAAUAAAGACAGGACUCGAAAGUUUUUAUGCUUUUCAUCUUUAAUUCAAGAAAUGGUUUUAUUUUUUAAUGUUUCUGUAUUACAACAUUAGGUUUAAUGUGUGUGUGUAUUUUAUCAAACUUUUAUUAUAAUAAUCACACCAAAGUCUUUAUAAAGAAUUAAUGAUAAUUGAAGGCUGUUGGACUGUUUAGAGUUUUAUUUUUUAGACUUUUCUCACAUUUUCAGACACUUUUAUGGUAUAGACAAUUUCAUGUGUAGAAAAAAAAAUACAAAAUAAAAGUCAUGAGUUAAAAUU